UACACAUUCAUUAAUCUGUAUUCACAAUGAUUAUCAAGGCGAUUGUAUUGUUGUGUUUGACACAAUAUCUGAUGUGUGAAGUGGCGAUGAUGUCGACACCAGCAUCUUCAAACAUUGCAUCAGACGAAGUGAGUGAAGUGGAAGAUAUGGUGACAGAUAAUGGAGAAGAUUCAAAAUCAGAUGAUAAUGAUGAAAAUUUCUUUGAUAAGCUUAUUAUGGUUAUCGUCAUGUCUUUUGAAUACCUAUUUCCGGACCUGAUGAAAACAACUCCUAGUUUUAAUACAACUAUGGGUGUAUAAAAUGAGCUUCAUGAAGUUCAUGGCAUUGGAUUACUUGGAUUGAGCAAACAUAAUCAUGUACUGUGUGUUUUUAAAUACAUUGAUAAAUCAUUCGUAUAAAUAAACUGAUUUCAAUAUUCACUAAUGAUCUGUACUACUCUUGUAUACAACAUAUCAGUCAGUUGAUGAGAAAUAAAUGUUAGUUUGUCAAAUAGUCUUCAUUACUAAAAUAUGCUAUGGUGAAUGCACUCAUAUGUUAGUAAUAUCAAUAGUUUUGUGUGAAUGACUGACUUACUGUGACCUACCUACCUAUUAUUAUUAUUACUACUUAUGUUAUUAUGAUUAUUAUUAUUAUUGUCAUCAUUAUUAUUAUUGUAAUUAUUAUUGUUAUUAUGAUACUUACUAUAAAGGUGCAUUAUACUAUCCUUCUACUCAAUAGUC